AAAAUUGUGGAUAAUAUGUGCUGAAAGUAAAUUUUGCUACUCCGCUGCAAUGCUUUUCAUUAAAAGAUUUAAGAGUAUCCAACGUAUUGCUCACAUAACAGAACCAGGAGAUUCACUGCAAGUGCAGGGCUGGAUUAAAAGCGUACGCCGGCUAAAGAACAAUGUAUUUUUGGACAUUAAUGAUGGAUCGACAAGUGGAAAGCUGCAGGUCGUGUUGCCGCGUAAUCCGGAGACUCAGCAGCUAGGAGCAGGCAGUGUUAUCAGUGCAGUUGGACGUGUACAAGUGGCGCCCAAUGGUCAUUACGAACUGCAUGCCGAUGAAGUGAAAUUUUUGUCAGAGGGUCACUUGCAAGAUGGUUAUCCUUUUUCACCAAAGCAAAAACAUGCCCCUGAAUAUGUUCGCGAGCACCUGCAUCUUCGUUCACGGGUCGACUACAUUGCUGCCCAGCUGCGAGUUAGGCACAGGGCACAAAAGAUCAUUCAUGACUAUAUGGAUGAGCAAGGAUUCGUAAAGAUUGAUACCCCUAUGUUAACAACAAAUGACUGCGAAGGAGCUGGUGAAGUUUUUCGUGUGCAACCGGAAUCGGCGCAACUGCUGAAGCAAAUGGGACGUCCUAAUGUACCACAAGAUCAGAGCUACUUUGAUCAAAAAGUAUUUUUAUCUGUAUCUGGUCAGCUGCAUUUGGAGGCCAUGUCCUAUGGUCUAGGAAACACAUAUACAUUAGCGCCCGCAUUCCGUGCUGAGAACUCAAAGUCUCCACUGCAUUUAGCCGAGUUUUAUAUGUUUGAGGCAGAACUGGUGCAGCUGGAGGGAUUAGAUGUGCUGGCAGAAUUCAUCGAACGCAUGCUUAAGGAUGUAACAAACCGCGUGCUUGAUGCCAACGCCGCUGAUCUGCAUUUUUGCCAACAAAGCGCCAAUGCCAGUUCUGAGUUACCAUGGCUGCAAGUGCCUUGGAAGAUGCUUAGCUACGACGAGGCUUUGGAGCUGCUGCUGGCCAACCAGAGCAGCUUUAAAACAGCUGUCACCGCUGAUGAAGGGUUUAGUAAGGAACAAGAACUGUUUCUAGUGUCACACUGCGCAGCGCCCGUCUUUGUGGUUGACUGGCCCACUCGACAGAAACCCUUUUAUAUGAAGAGCAGUCGCAACAAUCCAGAGCGUGUGCAUGCUCUGGAUCUACUAAUGCCAACUGUGGGAGAGCUGUGUGGAGGCAGCUUGCGUGAGAGCGAUGCAGCGCGCCUCAGCAGCCAUCCCGACUUACCAAAGGAAUUGAACUGGUAUGUGGAGUUGCGAAAGUAUGGCGGCCUACAGACUGGUGGCUUUGGAAUGGGAUUUGAACGUUAUCUGCAAUUGCUGAGCGGUGUCAAGAAUAUACGAGAUGUUAUACCAUUUCCUCGUUAUCCGCACAGCUGUAAAAUGUAAUUUAACAUUGUUGUCAUAAAUUGUUUUAUUUUGUAUGUUA